AUGGAGGGUGAUAAAGAUGUUACCACUCCACUUAGUACCAAUGACCCCCUAUCUCCUAAUGAUCCUUCUCCCUCGGUCGAUGCCAUUCCAUACCGCAAACUUGUCGGGUCUCUUCAACACUUAGCCUUUACUCACCCUGAUAUUUCGUUUGCCAUCAAUAAACUCUCUCAAUUCCUGCAUGCUCCUCGUCUAGCCCAUUGGCAAGCCCUCAAACGAGUCCUUCGUUACCUAAAAGGAACCAUUCAUCGUGGACUUUUUCUACACCGUCACUCCUUUCUCACUCUCUCGGCCUUCUUAGAUUCAGAUUGGGGUGGCGUUAAUGAUGAUCUUGGCACCAAUAUUAUCUCUUGGAAGUCUACACGUCAAAAGUCUGUCUCUCGUUCCUCCAUCGAAGUAGAGUACAUGGCAUUGGCAAAUGCAUCGACUGAACUCAUAUGGCUUAAGAAUUAA